ACCAAAAACCUUUGCAGGGCUCUUAACUGGGGCAGGAAUUUUAGAUUUAAAGUGCUCCAUUUUUCUCGAUUUUGCAAUUUUGUUACCAGCUGUAAAUGUUCCCCAAUUCUUUGAAACCUCCAUAUCUUUCCAAAAAUAAUAUAAAGUUCCCAUUCAGUUUGGAUCACAAAAAUUUGCUAUUGUUACGACCUAACAAAAUGACCUUUUGCUCAUUGCUUCACUUCAAAAGCUGCUUUUACACUGUUUUAGCCACACAAAAAAUAUAUAUAUUUUCUAAAAAUGGACUGAAAUAUUUUUCUAAAUCAUGUUUUUAACCUUUAAUUUUAAAUCAGAUCUGAAUUGUAGAAAUUAUAAAGUUCUAACCAUCCGAAGUUGACAAAAAGUGGUAAACAAAUUGAAUUUUCACUCUAUAUAAUUUGUAUUUUUCUCUGUAUAAUUUAUUUGACCAGCAUUUUCUUACCUUUGACCAAUGCGCGAUCUCAUACUUAAUUAAGCUAAAACUUCACAGAUGAACCAUCUACGUCUAUAAAAUGAUAAAUUACCUUAUAUGUUUCAUUUGUUUACAGACAUGAUUUCUAUAAUCAUGAUCGAUUCAUAUUUAUUUAAUAUUAAUGAUGGAACAACAUCUAAAGUCUAAACCACUCACUAUCAUUUUAAAAACUCUAUAAUAAAUGAAUAUUUCCAUUCAAAAGUUUUUUGAUACCUUUGCUGAUAAGUAAACAAAGACUCAACAAUAAAAUAAGCCCACUUGGCCACUUUCUUUUAUUUGAUCCUAUGAUAUCCCUUUUCCACAAACCCAUCUUAGUAUUUGGCACCAAGAACCAAGAAGCAGCAGCUCAUCCAGCAAGUCCCUUCCAAGCACUUCAUUCAAAUGGCUCGAUCUUCACUGGAUGAGAUGUCAGAUUCUGGUGCUUUCAUGAGAACUGCAUCAACAUUCCGUAACAUUAUUUCACGAGAUCCAAGCUCCCUAUUUCCAGCAGAAGUUGGAAGGUAUCAUCUGUAUAUAUCAUAUGCUUGCCCUUGGGCUUCAAGGUGUCUUUCAUACUUGAAGAUUAAAGGACUUGACAAAGCCAUCAGUUUCACGUCAGUUAAACCCAAGUGGGAAAGAACAAAGGAAACUGAUGAGCAUAUGGGGUGGCUUUUUCCUGCUUCGAAUACAGAGGAACCAGGAGCUGAAAGUGACCCUUUGAAUGGAGCAAAAAAUAUUAGAGAACUUUAUGAGCUUGCCAGUACAAACUACUCUGGAAAGUACACAGUUCCUGUUCUAUGGGAUAAGAAACUCAAAGCAAUUGUUAAUAAUGAGAGUUCAGAGAUUAUCCGCAUGUUCAACACUGAAUUCAAUGACAUAGCAGAGAAUACAGAUUUAGACCUCUAUCCUCCUCACUUGCAAGCCCAAAUUGAUGAGACUAAUGAAUGGAUAUACAAUGGGAUAAAUAAUGGUGUCUAUAAAUGUGGGUUUGCAAAGAAGCAAGGACCUUAUGAAGAGGCUGUGAAACAGUUGUAUGAAGCAUUGGACAAAUGUGAGGAGAUACUUGGCAGGCAACGGUACAUAUGUGGGAACAUGCUGUCUGAAGCAGAUAUUCGGUUGUUUGUCACUCUCAUAAGAUUUGAUGAGGUUUAUGUUGUCCACUUCAAGUGUAACAAGAAACAGUUACGUGAGUACCCGAAUCUGUUUAAUUACACCAAAGACAUUUUUCAGAUCCCUGGCAUGAGCAGUUCAGUCAACAUGGAGCACAUCAAGCGACAUUACUAUGGAAGCCAUCCUUCUAUCAAUCCAUUUGGGAUCAUUCCGCUUGGCCCAGAUAUUGACUACUCGUCUCCUCACGACAGAGAGCGGUUUUCUACAUAGAUAUAUAAUUGCAGAUCAUAAAAUAAAUUCUUAGUAUCUUGAAUUCAUAUGAUUUUGCUGUUAUGUAUGGUCUAGCCAUUUCAAUAAAUUACAUGGUCUGUAGGGUAGUAGUUAUUCAGCAUGAUGGAUGGUGUUGGCCACCAGCAAACUUUAGUGACUAAGUUUGAUCUGGCUGGAAAGGUUGUACCUGCUAUUGACAUGUACUUUCUUGCUACCUUACAAAGAUUCUGGUAAAAAAUCACUUUGUACAACAUCUGGGAAAGUAUAGAAUGCAACCUUUCUUCA